AUGCAAGACUCGACGCGUAUAGCGGUCCUCGUUCCGUUUCGCGACAUGCAUCCUGCGCAACAGCGACGCGCCCAUCUAUACGAAUUCGUGCCGUACAUGACGGACUUUUUGCGCCGCCACUGUGGUGCAGCGAGUGCCACUUUCCACAUUUUUAUCCUCGAGCAGUCCCUGGAUGGCUGCAAGUUCAAUCGCGGCAAGCUGCUCAAUGCAGGGUUCGACAUGGCUUGCAACGACUACGACGUUUACAUUUUCCACGACGUGGACUUGCUACCUGCAGACGAUCUGAAAGAGUGGUACACGACUGCACCGCAUGCUGGACCUGUGCACAUUGCGCGGGUGUGGGACCGCUACAGCGAGAGCCCAAACUACUUUGGGGGUAUCGUCGUAUUCACGCGGGAGCAGUUCACGCAAGUGAAUGGAUUUCCCAAUACCUUUUGGGGAUGGGGUGGAGAAGACGACGAACUUUAUUGUCGCGUGGUGCGCAGGCACUUCACGGUCCAAACGCCUACAAGUGGGGCAGUUCGAGAUCUGGAAGAGAUGAACCUCGAAGAGAAACUUGCGGUGCUUCGUACGAACAAGUGGAAGUGCAGAGUAAAGCGCGAGCUCCUGAAGGAGCACCAUCGGACAUGGAAAAGGAACGGACUGAACAGUCUUCAGUACGAGUAUGUUGAUGCCGAAGCCUUGAACGAGCACUGCACCAAGAUCACCGUCAAUCUCGGUCCAAACGGACAUUGGUCGGACUCCAGGUCGACGUUGGAACCCGCUGGUCCGGCGUUGGCUUCGAGUGGAGUCUCAAGGACCUCAACAACAAGUUCCUGA